AUGCGACGACCAUUUUAUAAUAGGAGUCUUGAUUUAGUUCGUAUACCUCGUGUUACAUUACGUUCGAUUAUAACGGCUAUUGGACUUUGUAUGUGUUGUAUACUACUCUUAUUUAGAUACAGUAAUUUCGAUAAUGAUACUCAUGCAAAAGAACCAAAACCAAUUGAAUGUAAUUGUCCAUCAACACAAAAAUCAUUUCCUCAAACCACUCCAUCAACAUCACAAUCAACUAUUACUACUACUCGACAAGUAGCCAUAUUAAAACCAUGCAAACCAAUUGAAAAAACUUCUCCUGUACAACGUGCCAUUGUUAUUUAUUAUCCAAAUCAUCAGAGUGAAAGUUUUUUCCCAGAAGUCAGAUGGCUUUAUCGUUCAUGGGUUGAAAUGUUACUUGGUGAACCAUCAACAUGGCGAACAGAUUUUGUGAUAUUUACAUAUAAUUUUUCGAGUGACUUUCGAAAACUUGGUUGUGUUAAUCGUCUUCGUCAAAAUAAGGAAGAACCAUCUAUGUGCCGUCUUUUUCUCUAUGUACCAGUAGAAUUUCGAACAGAGAUUGUUACGAAAAACAAUUUUCAACAUGCAUUUGAUGAUGCAAAACGUGUCAUAGAAUCAUAUAAAGAUAUGAAUGACUCAUUUAUUGGUGUACCAUUAGUAAAUGAUACAGAAACAUUUGAUGAAAAACGCUCAAAAUCUCUUUAUGAAAAUCUUCGAACAUAUGGUUAUAUUGAUUCAAUUAAUUCAAUCUAUGAAGGUUAUUGGACACUAAAAAUGUAUGAUUUUAUUUUACGUACUGAUAUUGAUGUUUUCAUUUAUCGUCACUUUGCAACAUAUAUUCCACAAAAUUGUACUUUCAUAACUGGCCUCGGUGGUUAUGGCACAGACUUUAAUCGACGUAAAUUCAAACGUAUUGCUAAUGAUAUGGGCUUUGCACAUGCUAAUAUAUCUAACAUGGGUUCUACUUGGUAUGGUUCACCAUAUGAUGCAUAUUUAGUUGCUAAUCAAACACUACAUGGUAUGCUGUGGUUAGCACUAUAUGAAUUUGCUAUGCCGGAAAGAGAAGGUAAAUUAGGAACAUCAAUGUGGCCUGAAUGGCAUUUUGGUGUUUUACUUUUAUAUGGUCAACAUUUAGCGCUAAAUCAUUUAGUUGGUAUAAAUCAAAUUCAGCUAUUUAUAGGUCACGACCUUCUUGAUCAAUCAUCAACAGAUGAUACAGUGGCAUAUGUUCAACAAGGGAUACGUCUUAAUUUACAUUGUUGGCAUACAGAUUUACCUUUUUCGAAAUUUGUUUUCAAAAUGGGUAAAUAUAAUCAAACUGACUUAGAAAAAUAUAAAAAUGAUACUACUUCUCAAGCUUAUGCAAUGCGUAUGGCACUUGAAUCAAAGUAUAUGACACUUGAAGAAUUGGCUUCAUAUGGAAGAAAUAAAACUUUAUAA